CUUUGCCUGUCUGGCUAUGUCCUUCCAUUCAGAUCUCUCUUUUGCCAUUCUUCUCCAUUGUCUUAUGUUCAUUGUUUUCAGGUCGUCUUCCACAUCAUCCAACCAUCUCGUUCUGGGCCUUCCUUUUUUUCGCCUUCCUAUGGGAUUCCAUUGUAACAAUUUCUUUGUUGUUUUUGCAUCGUUUUGUCUCUGCACAUGUCCCAGCCAUGACAGUCUUUGACUUUUCACAAAUCCUACAAUGUCAUAACCUUCAUUUAACUCAUUAACCUCGUCGUUUCUAAUGAUUCUCCAUGUUAUUUUUCUCUCGAAUGUCCUGAGUUGGGCUUCAUCUUUUUUCGUCAUUACCCAAGUUUCACAUCCAUAGGUUACUACGGGUCUAAUCAGUGUUCUGUAGAUAGUCAUUUUGGUUCUUUUGUCUAAUAAUUUCGCUGUCAU